AUGCCGCUUAGACUUGAUGUAAAAAGAAAGCUGCUCGCUCGCUCGGAUCGCGUCAAAUGCGUCGAUUUGCAUCCGACGGAGCCGUGGCUUCUCGCGGCACUCUACAAUGGAAAUGUGCACAUUUGGAAUUAUGAGACGCAACAGCUCGUCAAAUCAUUCGAGGUUUGCGAUGUGCCCGUCCGCGCCGCCAAAUUCAUACCGAGAAAAUCGUGGAUCGUAACCGGAUCCGACGACAUGCACGUUCGAAUUUUCAACUACAACACAUUGGAGCGUGUUCAUCAGUUUGAAGCGCACUCCGAUUACUUGAGAUCAAUCGUUGUCCAUCCGACGCAAUCCUUCAUCAUCACAUCAAGUGACGAUAUGAUUGUGAAAUUGUGGGAUUGGGACAACAAAUGGACGAUGAAGCAGGCGUUUGAAGGCCACACACAUUAUGUCAUGCAAAUCGCGAUCAAUCCGAAGGACAAUAACACGUUUGCGACGGCGUCACUCGACAAAACCGUCAAAGUUUGGCAAUUUGGAAGUAAUCAGCCGAAUUUCACGUUGGAAGGCCACGAGAAGGGGGUGAAUUGCGUUGAUUAUUAUCACGGCGGUGAGAAGCCGUACAUCAUUUCGGGUGCUGAUGAUCAUCUCGUCAAGAUUUGGGAUUAUCAGAACAAGACUUGCGUUCAGACGUUGGAUGGACACUCGCAGAAUGUCUCGUCGGUUUUCUUCCAUCCGGAAUUGCCGCUGAUCAUCACCGGAAGCGAGGACUCGACGGUUCGAUUGUGGCAUGCCAACACUUAUCGGCUUGAAACAACACUUAACUAUGGAUUGGAGCGCGUUUGGUGUAUUCAGGCGCAGAAGGGUUCGAAUACGGUGGCGAUCGGCUAUGACGAAGGAUCGGUGACACUGAAAUUGGGGCGCGAGGAGCCGGCGGUGAGCAUGGACUCGUCGGGCAAAAUUCUCUGGGCGAAGCACACGGAGAUUCAGCAGGCGAAUUUGAAGACGAUCUCCGCCGAGGAGUCGGAAGCGAUUCAAGAUGGUGAGCGACUUCCGCUGUCGGUCAAAGAUCUUGGCUCGUCGGAGAUUUAUCCGCAGACUUUGGCGCACUCAUCGAACGGACGAUUCGUGGUGGCUUGUGGUGAUGGCGAAUAUAUUGUCUAUACCGCCAUGGCGCUGAGAAAUAAGGACUUCGGACAGGGUCUCGAAUUUGUGUGGGCUGUUGAUCCGAACAUGUUCGCCGUCCGUGAGUCGGCGACGAAUGUGAAGAUCAAGAAGAACUUCAAAGAAUUCAAGGCGAUUCGAUCGGAUUUGGUGAUUGAGGGCAUUUCGGGAGGGCCGCUGCUCGCGUUGCGCUCGACCAAUUCGUUGUGCUUCUAUGAUUGGGAGACGGCGACGCUGGUCCGUCGCAUCGAGAUCAACUCGAAGAGCGUCUAUUGGAGCGACAAUGGCGAGAUGGUGGCGAUUUGCGGCGACGACUCGUUCUAUGUGUUGAAGUACAAUUCGGAGGCGGUUGAGAAUGCUGCCGAGACGGACAUAACCGAAGAUGGAAUCGAGGACGCGUUCGAGGUGAUCGGCGAGCAGCAGGAAGCGGUGCGAACGGCGUUCUGGAUUGGCGACUGCUUCAUUUUCACGACGGCGUUGAAUCGAAUCAAUUACUAUGUUGGCGGUGAGAUUGUCACGAUUGCGCAUGUCGAUCGUCCGCUCUACCUUCUUGGGUAUAUGGCGAAAGAGUCGCGGGUGUACGCGGUCGAUAAGGAUUUGAACGUGAUCUCCUACAAGCUUCUCCUUUCGGUGCUCGAGUAUCAGACGGCGGUGAUGCGACGCGAUUUCGACACCGCCGACAAAGUGCUGGCGACGAUUCCCAAAGAGCAGCGCACGCGUGUGGCGCACUUCCUUGAGAAGCAGGGAUUCAAGAAGCAGGCGCUUGCCGUGUCACAGGAUGCCGAUCACAAAUUCGAUUUGGCUCUUGGACUUGGCGAAUUGAAGAUCGCCUAUGAUUUGGCGGUUCAGACGGAUUCCGAGGAGAAAUGGAAGGCGUUGAGUAACGCGGCGGCGUUCAAAUCGGACUUUGGUUUGGCGCGCGAAUGCUAUGAGCGAGCGCGCGAUUACGGAGCGUUGCUCAUGUUGGAGUCGUGCGCGGGAUCGAAGCCGCAUAUGCAGAAGCUUGCCUCGGAAUGUGCCGCGACCGGCAAUCACAAUGUGACAUUUAUGAGCAAUUUGCUUCUUGGAAAUUUGGAAGAGUGCCUUGAGCUUCUUAUCAAAACUGACCGACUACCGGAAGCGGCGUUUUUUGCGCGCACUCGCUUACCGUCGCAAGUUCCGCGAGUUGUCGAGUUGUGGAAAGCGAAAGUCUCGAAGGUCCAUGAGAAAUCGACACGGAAAAUUGGUGAAUCUUUGGCGGAUCCGGUGAAGUAUGAGAAUCUGUUUCCCGGCUACGCCGAAUCGCUUCGCGCCGAAUCGUACAUUCGGCAAGUGUCGAUGUUGGCGGUGCCGGCGUCGGCGCGGCCGCCGUCGAACGCGAAUCGCGAUGUUCAACAGGAAAUGGAGGAGGCGAUUGCGGCUGGCAUGUUGAAAUUCACCGACGAUGGUCGAGCUGUGCUCGGCAACGCGCCGGUCGCGUCGCAACCCGCGCAACAGCCGACGGUUCAGCGAAUUCCGACACCGGAGCCAGAACCGGAAUCGCAGCCGGUUCAUGAGAAGCCGGAAUCGGAUGAUGACGACGAGGAGGAGGAGAUUGAGGAGAAGCAGGAGGUUCAUAUUCCGAAGGUCGAAGAGGCGGUGAGCGCUUCUCGCGCUCCUGAUGUGCUCUCGAAGUCGGGACGGCCAGACAUUGUUCCAUCGGAAGUUGGGCCCGAUUUGGUGCCGGCCGCUUCUGGGCCAGCACCUAGCCGUCAACAGCAACAGGCCGUUGUUGAUGAUGACGAUGAGGUGCGAUGGUCGGAUGACGAUGAUUUUGGUGAUGCCGACGGCGGAAAUGACAUCAAUCUCGAUGAGCUGAAUCUUGACGAUGAGGAUUGA